CAAUGUACUUCGCGGUAUCGCUCGUAGUCUCAGUUCCUCCAUGUGGGGCCCCCGGCGAGCUCGGAGGCGUGGACUCUCCCAAGGUGCCAUUGAUAGAAGCUGUGGGUGUGGCCGAUAAUGAUAACGAGGUCGCGACUGUUACCAACGUGCUCAACACAGUCGAAGUGGCAAGAUGUGUUCCUGACAAAGACCCAGCUGUUGCCAUUACUGAUUGCGAUAGUGGGAUGUGGAUAUUACAGCGCGUAAAGGGGAUUAGGGGGUAGCGUGGAAGGAGUCAGGGUCAUCAAAAAAGAGGGGGGAGGGACUAAAGUGUCCAACGUCCUUGAUUCGAUCCAGUCAGGUCACUGAUGUUCGACACGUCCUGGAAGAGGAUGCGGGGCAGCAAGCAACAAAGGAGGUGCAAAGUGAGUAGAUGGUGGGAAGAGGGAACGAAGGUCGGGCGAGGGAGGGCAGGCCGUGCAGGGGAAGCAGCAGAGACACACGAACGCGAC